AUGAUUUUCUUGUCCUAUGCGUUGCGAUGGUACACCUCCUUGGAGCACUCGAAGUUGAAGAAGCGGAACGACUUGGCAGACUCCUUCAUGAAAGAAUACAAGUCUAACCAGGACAUGGUGCCCACCAGGUCUCAACUUGAGAGUAUGGAGAUGAAGAGAAACGAGACCUUAACGGGGGUAUGCCCAAAGGUGGAGGACUUUGGCAGCUCAGGUGGCUCCGCCUCCAACUGA